AGAAGCGAUCGCGAGAAAAAAAUGCAACCUCCCAAAAUAAAGAGCAAAGAUUGCAUUAGGAGCGAACAGCGCUGCAGAUAUAGAUGGCAGCUUCGUGUCAGUGAGUUUGCGUUCCCCUUCCUGAUCCACGAGCUGGAGUGAUUAGAGCCCUGGAAGGGAAUUGUUACUCCCGUGAAGUCCCCUUUUCCUGGCAGUCAUCUGCACUGUACACGCUGGAUCCCUCUCAUCCCUCUCUCCAUCCACCCCACUCACUCGCUCCUCUCUCACCUCCUCUCUCCCUCUCUCCUGCAUUGAUUUUUUUUUCCCUCUCUCUCUCUCUCCUUUUUUUUAGUUGACUGAAACAAAACAAAACAAAAGGGCCACUGGAUGUCUGCCUUCUUGGGGGGUGAGCCAGACAGACUGACAAACAAACAGACCCAGCUGAGCUCGGGGGAGGGUUUCUCCUCCGGUUUUGCCCGGCAGCAGCAGCAUGGACGUGUUGGCUAGUUAUAGUAUAUUCCAGGAGCUACAACUUGUCCACGACACCGGCUACUUCUCAGCUUUGCCAUCCCUGGAGGAGACCUGGCAGCAGACAUGCCUUGAGUUGGAACGCUACCUCCAGACAGAACCCCGACGGAUCUCCGAGACCUUUGGAGAGGACUUGGACUGCUUUCUCCACGCCUCUCCUCCCCCGUGCAUUGAGGAAAGCUUCCGGCGCUUAGACCCCCUGCUGCUCCCAGUGGAAGCCACCAUCUGCGAGAAGAGCUCUGCAGUGGACAUUUUGCUCUCUCGGGACAAGUUGCUAUCUGAGACCUGCCUCAGCCUCCAGCCAACCAGCUCUUCUCUAGACAGCUACACAGCCGUCAACCAGGCCCAGCUCAACGCAGUGACCUCAUUAACGCCCCCCUCAUCCCCUGAGCUCAGCCGCCAUCUGGUCAAAACCUCACAGACUCUCUCGGCCGUGGAUGGCACAGUGACGUUGAAACUGGUGGCCAAGAAGGCUUCCCUCAGCUCGGUGAAGGUGGGAGGGGUGGCGGCGGCGGCAGCAGUGACACCAGCUGGAGCAGUUAAGAGUGGACAGAGCGACAGUGAGCAAGGAGGGGUAGGGGCUGACACUUGCCCUGAAAACAAGAAGAGGGUCCACCGUUGCCAGUUUAACGGGUGUCGGAAAGUUUAUACAAAAAGCUCCCACUUAAAGGCUCACCAGAGGACUCACACAGGUGAGAAGCCUUACAAGUGCUCAUGGGAAGGAUGUGAGUGGCGUUUUGCACGGAGCGAUGAGCUCACAAGGCACUACAGGAAACACACAGGUGCAAAGCCCUUUAAGUGCAACCACUGUGACAGGUGUUUCUCCAGGUCUGACCAUCUUGCGCUACAUAUGAAGAGACAUAUCUAAACAAAACAAAAGUAAACAACAACAACAAUGAAGACAACAAAACACCAUAAAGGCCAGAGUUGCCAUGGCAUCAGCCAGUGUUGGAAGGAAAUGCCAUGAGGCAGAGGGCUGGACUUCAGGCGGGGAGGAUUGCCUCGCAGAAGAAAGUUCUCGCUUACAAACCUCUGUGUACAUACAUGUACACGCACACGUACACACACCCUCACACACACAGACCCACACACAUACCCACUGUCAUGCACUCAACUAUAUUUAAAGUAUAUACGUCUAUUUCUUAUGCCUUGUCCUAGCCAGAUGGUAGAAGACGAGGAAGAAGGAAGCCAGGUGAACUCAGCAAGGCGCUGGCUGCUGACUCCAGCACUAUUGGAAUAACUUCCAGCUGUUGCCAAUGGAAAAGAUAAAAAGCAAAUGGAUGUCUCCACCGUGGCCAGCAGUAUGAGGGGCUUACAGAACUUUGCUUCUCAGUGCAACUUGAUAAGAGAAUCCAACAUCUCACGGUUGCAUAUGUGUAGCACUAAUAUUUCUUUUUAAAUAGUUGGGGGAAAUUGACCUAGAAAACCAAAUUGCAGUUUGGUAGCCAAACUUAACUCCUGGUUUAUUUGUCCUUUGUGUGUGAAAAGUCCUGCUAUUCCGUGCGUCACACUUCCUCCCAGAACUGUCGGUUGGUUUUGGUUCUUCUUAGGACCAUUGAGAUCCUUUGAGCCGGUACCAACGGCCUUAGUGGCGGCAGACUAUGGAUUCACACCUUACACCUUUCUGGCCUGCAUCUCUCUAGACUUCACUCUCAAGGGAGGAGUUUUCUUUUCUUACCUUUUUGACUCUCGCACAUCAUAUGCACUAGGGAUUCUGGAAACUUCUAGCAUGACUGCAAAGUGGCCAAGAGAAUAAAGUCCUUGAUGAUAAGUCACAGUA